AUGGCCUCAGUCAUCACCGUUCAAGCAGCCGCGCAUCCCAUCAAGUCAGUAACAGUGUUCAAGUCGUCGAAGGCAGAGGUCGUACGUACCUUCAGCCUUAACUUCUCCAAGGGGCAGAAUAAAGUGCAGAUACGAGGGCUUCCGAGCACCAUCGACACCCACUCUGUUCGAGUCUCUGGGUUGGGGGAGGCGAGGCUGUUCGAUGUCGUUUGUACCGUGGGAGGCAGCAAGGCUGCGUCGUAUGCCUCUGAUAGCUCGUCUGAGAUCAUUCGUACUCUAAUAGCGAAGAAGCUUGCACUUGAGAGUGAGAGGGCUACCAGAGAGCAGGAGUCUCAGUUGCUCCUAAAGUACGCACAGACCUUGAGCGGCGAGCACGUCACCCCCACUCAGAUGGGUCAGUUCUUGGAAAGUUAUGUUGAAAUGGAGCGCAAUAAUCUGAAUGCUCGCACGGAACUAAACGAGAAAAUCGUCGAAAUCAACCGCCAGAUAGAGGCUGAGCAGCAUAAAACCUCUUCGAAGCAAGGAACCGCUCACGGUCAAGUCGAUAUCGUCAUCACCGCUGACGAGGAUACCACCAUCGAACUCAAGUUGACCUACAUCGUGAGUGGGGCACAGUGGAAGCCAAUCUACGAACUUCAUGCCAGCACGGAGAACGGAAAACCGUCCUCCUGUGUUACCCUCCAUUACCGGGCCAGGGUCAUGCAGAGCACUGGUGAAGAUUGGACCAACGCCGCACUCACCUUGAGUACUAUCGCCUCCGACACCAUAGUGAGACGCAUCCCCCAGCUGAGGACUAUCACCAUGCGCCCGAAGGCGCCGUACACCCACUUCAGCCAAGCACCAGCCUUCGGACUUCCAAUGAAAGCCAAUAAUGUAAUGGCUUCUGGAGGACUCUUCGGCGCCAACGGCGCCGCCGCGCAGUCGGCUCCGAGAUUUGGCGCGAGUGUUAUUCCCUUCGGUAGUAAAGUCGUUCAGCAGGGCUUUGGCGCUCUCGUGCAGCAGCAGCAGCAGCAACAGACGGGAUCCGGCCUCUUUGGUUCAGCUCCAGCGCAGCCGACAACAUUCAGCGCCUUCGGUGCUGCUGGGACAACUCAAAGUUCCCAGCCGUUUUCUUCCAUCUUUGGACAACCUCAGCCAGAACAGAUGUCUUCCGGUGCGUUCGGUGGUGGAGGCCAGGGGACGCAGAUUCCACCCUCUGGUGCCGGGCAGCGACCACAGCUAUUCGGUGCCGCAAGCGCUACACCUCAAGCGCCGUCGGCUGCUUACGAGGCAGAGCUAGCGGCGGCGGAGGCGAUACCCUUGCCCGAGGAGGACGAUGAUUUCGAGGCAGUACCGACGCCAGGCGCUAUCACAGAGCCCACGACCAUCGUUUCAGAGACGCCGAUGGCGAUCUCGUUCUCUGUUCAUGGGGAGACGACAAUCCCGAGCGAUGGCGUCGAUCACCAGGUGUCCGUGGCGCUGCUGCCCUUCGAGGCGAAGAUUUCGUACAUUACGGUCCCUCGGAUGGACCCCAGAGUCUUCUUGCAGUGCGAAGUUAAAAAUAGCAGCGAAUAUCGACUGCUUGCUGGGGUCGUCACCGUCAUUUUCGACGACAGCUAUGUCUCAAAGACAUCAAUCAACGAUAUUGGCACGGGCGACAACUUUGAAUGCACCCUAGGAGACGACACGUCCACAAAGGUCACCUACGCGCACACCGCUGGCAAGGCCGUGAAGUCCACAGGGGGCGCCUUCGCCGAGACGUCGAACACAACAACUUACACUACCAAGAUAUCCGUGCACAACAAGCAUCCGUUCCCGCUCACGGAUCUCAUCGUCCGGGAGGGCCUCCCUGUCUUGGAGGACACUCGCGCGAAGGUCGUCCUGCGCAAGCCCGCUGGUCUCGCCGACGCACGGGACGGCGAAGUAUUCCACAUCGGAAACGAAGGCCUGCGCGUUGCCUGGGAGAAGGUCAUUGAUGGGAAGGGCGGCGAAAAGGAAGGGAAGUUCGAGUGGAGGUGGAAAGUCGGGGCCGGGGCGAAGAUCAACCUCGAGGCCGAGUGGGAGGUCAAGGUCACCGGAGAUACGUCGUGGAUUGAAGCUUUCAAACAGCUUUCGGUGUGA